GUCAGAUCCUGUCCAGCAAAUAGCUGUCCUCACUCCUGCACCAGUGCGGUUGAACUUUUACUUAAGAAAUGACUGACUUGGAGAAUUCCCUGACAACCAUCAUCGAAGUAUUCCACAAGUAUUCAGAGAAGGAAGGAGACAAGCACAAACUGAAGAAAAGUGAACUAAAGGACUUGAUCAACAACGAGCUAUCAGGAUUUUUAGGGCAUGUCAAAGACCAGGCCACCAUGGACAGUCUCAUGGAGAGCCUGGACACGGAUGGAGACUCUGAAUGCGACUUCCAGGAGUUCAUGACCUUCAUCACCAUGGCAACCAUCUGUUGCCAUGAUUUCUUUGAACACCAUGAAGAUGAGUAGGCUUCGCCUAAGGAUGAUAAUUAAAAAAAAAACUAAAAUUAAACUUAAAAUAAAAUUCUGAGCUUAUUUAACACACUUUUGUUUUAGCCUUUUUAGGAUUUUGGGGUGAGUCAUAUGAUUUUGAUUACUUGAAUGGUGGCAUGUGUUUUAUAUUUCUUGUCUUAUAGAGGACACUUUAUCAACUCCAAGGGCAAAGUCUCAAAAGGCAUUGAUAGAGAUAGCCAGCUCCUGACUAUUAGCUUUAAAGUCUUGUGUACUUAUACUGUUAACAGAGACAACCAUGACAACAGUGAUGAGAGGUGCCAACUCCUCAUCCGGUAUGAGAUGUGCGGUAUUGUUUACAUCUGUAGCGAGAGAAAAACAGUACAUAUCUGACAUAGAUAUGUUACAUACAGUCAUACCUAAGCUAAUACUGAGAUUCAUCAAUACUCAGCACAAUAGAGUGUAAAAGAUUCUUUUAAAAUGAUUGCUUUUCAUGAUAAUUCAACUGAAUUGACAUGACAAUAAGGUCAUUAAAACAUGUCCCCUGCCCUCAAAAUCAAACACACAAGGCAUCAAAUCAUUUUAAAAGACUGAUUUAUAUCCCC